AUGUCUUUAAGUCAGGUACUUAUUCAAUUAAUUGUAGGUCAACAAAAUCAACAAACAGCCUCCCAAAUAAAUGAAUUAUCUAAUCGAUCAUUAUCAGAAAUUCUUCCACCAGUAAUAGACCUUUUACAAGACGCUAAAGUUAUUCAAAAUCCACCAACAUUAAUGAAAAUUUUAAUUUUUAUGAAAAAUUGUCUUACAGCUAAAGACCCUGAAAAAGCUUCAAAUAAAAAAGCACAAUGGAAUACAUUUACUAUUGAUAUUAAAAAUGGUAUUCAUGGUGUUCUUUUUAAUCUUCUUAAUUCAGCAGAUUCACAAGUUCAUUCUGUUUUAAGUGAAGUUAUUGCUAUUGUUGCAUCAUAUGAUAUUCCAUUAUCUCAAUGGAGUGAUUUAAUAGAGGUUUUAACAAAUGAUUCAUUUCCAAUAACUAUACAAAAAGUAUGUCUUAAUAUUUGUUCAUUAUUAUUUGAAAAGAUUGAUGAAUAUAAAAUGACAGUAUAUUUAUCUAAAAUUUUACCACGAUUUGUUACUGACAUUAAUAAUGAACAUCUUUAUGAAAUACGAUUAAAUGGGAUUAAAAAUUUGUUAAAUCAUUAUCGAUCAUUCUCUUUUAAUAAUUUUGAUGUUCUUUUUGAUAUUGUUGUUGAUUCAACUAAAACAAAUAUUAGUGAAAAUGCAUUAACUAUUAGGUUAGAAACUCUUUCAAUUGUUGUAGAAAAUUUAUAUGAAAAACUUAUUGGUCAAAAUGAUAGAUUAUGUAAUUUUCUUGUUAAUACAGUUGAAAAAUAUGGAUCAAGUGAAGAUAUUGUAAAAAAAGUAUAUGAUGUUUGGUGUACUAUUGGUAGAGUUGAAAGUGAUACUGUUAAAACAAGAAAAUCACAAAAUAUAUUAAUUACUUCUAUAAGUAAAUUAUAUCCUCAAAUUGUUAGAGUUAUUAAUGGAUUUGCUAAAGAAGUAGUUCAAGAAGAUGAUGAUGAAGGAGAAGAUCAAAAUAGUGUUAUUUAUGUUUCUCAAGAAAUUGUUACUUAUAUGACUAUGGUAGCACAUGAUCCAUUUUCAUCUAAUGUAUUAAAUUCUAUUACACAAUCAUUAAAUGGAAAUCAAUUAUCACAACAAUAUAUUUCAUUAAUGUUAUUUGGAGCUAUUCUUGAAGGAGGUUGUUCAUUAAAGAAUUUAAUAGUUCAAAAUAUUCCAAGUAUUGUUCAAAUUUAUUCUAAUUCUCAAAAUGGGUUAAUUAAAAUGGCUGCUUCUAAAGCUUUAAUAAAAGUAUUAAAAAUGAUGCCACAAUUAUUAAAUGGACAAAUUAUUAAUCAAUUAAUUACUACUGCACUUAAUAUUAUUUCAAGUAAUAAUAAGUCAUAUAUUAUUUCAUCAUGUUUACUCAUUGGUUAUAUCUAUAAAACAGUUGAAGAAGGAAAUUCAUUAUCAUCUAGUGUAAAUCAAGUUCAUUCAACAUUAAUUAAAUUAGUACAAAUGAAUGAUGAAUUAAUUCAAAGAACAUCACUUCAAUCAUUAAAAAGAAUUGUUGGGAAUUUGUAUAAAGUAAAUGCUAAACCAUUAAUAUUAAAUACAUUUAAUUCAAUUAUUCAAUUUAUUCAACUUUUACAACAACAAGGUAAUAUGAAAGCUAUUUCUAUUUGUAUACAAAUUAUGGGAGAUUGUAUUGAUGAAUUAACUGAAGAAAUCCAAUCAAAUCCAAACACUAUUAAUCUUCAACAAACAAUGAAUAUUUUAAUUAGUUAUUUAGCUAAUACAGAUACAUUUGAUUCUGCAAUGAAAGCAAUAGUUACAGUAUCAUCAGUAUUAGCAGAACAAUUCCAAGUAUUCACAGGACCAGUUGUAGAAAAAUUAUUAAUUGCUUUGAAAGAAGUUAGUCAAUCAGAAAUGAUUAAAGAAAGUUGUAUUACUAUAGAACAAUUAUCUCUUGCAAUUAAAACAGCAAUGUCACCUUAUGUAGAACAAUUAUUAACACAAUUAUUUAAUGAUUUACAAUCAAAUCAACUUAAUUUUAAAGUAAAAUUUACUAUUAUUAAAGCUAUUUCUGGAUUAGCUGUUGGAAUUGGUUUUAAUAGAUUUUCAAGAUAUACAUCAGUAAUAUUAAAUGCAUUAGGUCAAAUUACUAAAAACCUUCUUGGAUUAAAAUUAGAUCUUUAUAAUGAAGAUGGUGCAGAAUUCUUUGAAAGUAUGAUGGAAUCUAUUCUUAUUUGUUAUUCUAGAUUGUACAAAGGAUCAGAUCAAACUAUAAUUAAUUUUAUUGAUGUUCCAAUUAAUUUAACAUUAAGUAUUCAUCAAGUAAUAUGUAGUGGUAGUGGAUAUGUAAAUACUGAUAUUAUUUAUAGUGCUGUUUGUGCAUUUUAUGAUACAAUUGUGUCAUUACCUUUUAUUUGUCAAAGCCAAGAGUUAUUUAAAAAAAUAUUCACUCCAUCUGUUCUUGAAGUUAUUCGUUCAUGUGAUUCAAAUACUGAAGAAGAAGACCUAAGAAUUAAUGUUGACUCUUUAGUUAAUAAAUUAAAGAAAUUAGGUGUUUUUCAAUGA